GAGUUAUCCCAUGUUAGGAUGCCAAAUAAAAUGAGUCAAGAAAAAUGACGACAAUCAGAACACAUCCAUUAUUCCUUACAUCUAAUCUCCCAAAAACACAACCACCCACCUCCCUUUGAGCCCCCCCAUUCUUUACCCUUUUCCUCUUCUUCCUCUUUCUGUAUGGCUGCUUCUUCUACCUUCUUUCCUGACCCUAAUAUCCUCUUUCCUUAUUAUUAUUAUCAUCAUCAUCAUCCUUCUUCUCCUCCUUCUUCUCCUUAUUAUGCUAAUCUUUCUUCUCCAUUUUCAACUUACUCCACUACUAGUACUACUAAUCCAUUAAUGUCUAACCCUCCUCAAACCAAUUCUCUUCCGAGUUCGAGCAUCGACAGGACCAAUACCAAUACCAAUACUAAGAUGGUAAGAAAGAGGACCGCUUCCGAGAUGGAGCGCCCUCCUUCUCUACCAACAAAUAACAAUGAAAUUUUAGAUCAUCGUAUUAAUGCGCGCCAACAACUUAUGCUACCACAACAACAUCAUCAGCAGCCUCAGUAUCAGCAACAGCAGCAAGAAUAUAACACUGGUGGUGAUGCAGCGACAGAUGGUAGUGAUCAGCAGCCUCUUGUUUGUGGGUUUUCUGGGCUGCCUUUAUUUCCACCUGUGGUUGAUAGAAAUGUUGUAGUGUCAAACAAUAGGAGUACUAGUAUAAGUAUGACUAAUUUUUCGAACUCGGGUUCGAGUUCAAUGGUUGGUGGUGCUACUUCAAUGGAAGAUCCUGGGUGGAUUGAUGGUAUUAUAAAGGAUUUGAUUCAGACAUCUAAUUCCAUUUCUAUUCCUCAGUUGAUUCAAAAUGUUAGAGAGAUUAUUUACCCGUGUAACCCUAACCUUGGUGCUGUUAUUGAGUUUAGGCUUCGGUCUUUAGCAGACCCACUUGUUGCGCAACCACUUCCACCACCACCACCACAUCCUACUCCUACUACAACUAUGUCUCAUCCUCAAUUUCAUAAGCAACAAAAUCAACAACCUGGUUUUUCCAGAAUCAGCAACACUAGUAAUUCUAUUCAUCAACCUGGUUUGCAUAAUAAUAAUAAAGCUUAUUAUAACAGCAAUUUGAGUGAUAUUGACUAUUUCUCUCCUCUUGCUGCUGCUGCGGCUGAAUGUAAUGCAAAUAUGAACUGGGGAGGGGCGGCGAUGAAUACGCCUCCCUCGUCUCUUCCUAGACAACAACAACCACAACAACAACAACCUUUGUCGAUCAAUGAAGGUGGAUGUGUUGGUGGUGGCGGCAAUAGUAACAAUUCAAAUUCAAUGUCAAUGUCAAUGUCAAACCAAAACCCUCCACAGCCUGAGACAUCUCACGCUGUGGAGGGUAACUCGGAUCAGAACCCCGAGAAUAAUCUUGAUUCUCGGGGUUCUGAUCCGGGGGUGGGCUCAACAACAGUAGUAGGGACAGAGGAAUCCCCGUCUACUGUUGUUGGGACACCACCCGCUCCCACUCCUCCGCCACCGCAGCAAGUUACUGCGGUGGCGAGGGAAAGGGAGCGGGAGGAGCUUCGGCAAAGGAAGAGGGAUGAGGAAGGAUUACACCUACUCACCCUAUUACUCCAAUGUGCCGAAGCUGUCUCCGCAGACAAAUUUGAUGAUGCCAACAAAAUGCUAGUGGAAAUCUCCGAGUGGGCUACACCAUUCGGCACCUCCGCACAACGCGUUGCGGCGUAUUUCUCCGAAGCUAUGUCAGCUCGUUUAGUGAGCUCUUGCCUUGGCAUUCACACAGCAUUACCUUCAAUCCCACAUUACCAAAAACUAGUAUCAGCAUUCCAAGUAUUCAAUGGAAUAAGUCCAUUUGUUAAAUUUUCUCACUUCACAGCUAAUCAAGCUAUUCAAGAGGCUUUUCAAAGAGAAGAGAGAGUUCACAUUAUUGAUCUUGAUAUCAUGCAAGGCCUACAAUGGCCUGGACUUUUCCACAUUUUAGCAUCUCGGCCUGGCGGACCGCCUUUCGUUAGACUUACCGGGCUUGGGACGUCCAUGGAAGCUCUCGAAGCAACCGGUAAACGGUUGUCGGACUUUGCUGAGAAGUUAGGCUUGCCGUUUGAGUUUAUACCGGUGGCGGAGAAGAUAGGUAACUUGGAUUUGGAGAGAUUGCAUGUUAGUAAAAGAGAAGCUGUUGCUGUUCAUUGGUUGCAACAUUCUUUGUAUGAUGUUACUGGGUCUGAUACCAACACUCUUUGGCUCUUACAAAGAUUGGCACCAAAGGUUGUAACGGUGGUAGAACAAGACCUAAGCCGCACAGGUACCUUCCUAGGGAGAUUCGUGGAGGCGAUCCACUACUAUUCAGCCCUCUUCGAUUCCUUAGGAGCGAGCUAUGGGGAAGACAGCGAGGAGAGGAAUGUGGUAGAACAACAACUACUCUCUAGGGAGAUCCGCAAUGUUCUAGCUGUUGGAGGGCCAUCUAGGACCGGAGAUCCAAAGUUCGCGAGUUGGAAAGAAAAAUUACAGCAAUCCGGGUUUAGAGGUAUCUCCUUAGCAGGUAAUGCAGCUGCUCAAGCUACUUUGCUCCUAGGCAUGUUCCCUUCUGAUGGAUAUACUUUGGUAGAAGACAACGGUACCCUUAAGCUCGGAUGGAAGGAUCUUUGUCUACUUACUGCUUCGGCAUGGAGGCCUUCUCAUGCUCACACUAUGAGCACAGUGUGUACAAGGAGCCAGUAGCAUUGUGUAUGCAACUGAAUACAUGAAUUAUGAGCCAGUGUUUGUUGUUCGUCGUGGUAUAUAUUGAUCAUCCACGGCUUAAAACAUUGUCUAAUGAAGGCUCAGAAAAGAUCUUCAUAUUUAUUUUACGCCACUUUCUUGUAUCAUACAAGUAUGGGUUUUAGUCAUUUAGGUCUCAGAGAUGGUGAAAGCACAGUUAUAACUUCUUUUAUUUUUUGGGAAGGUUGGGGUUAAGGUUUCUAUUUCUGGGAUUCUGUUUAGUUUUCUAGUUAGUUUCUUUAGUAAAAUGGACUUGAAAAUUCAAAGAUUUACUGACAGUUAAUGUAUGAUGCUUUUUGACGUUGAA